AUGGCUGAUGAACAAUUAUCCAGUUUUUGUUCUAAACUUUCCAUCAAUGAAGGAGAACAAUCGAAGGUGGUUAUUACUCAGGAGUGGUUGGAGGAAGGUGAUGAAGGGGCACUGGUGUUUUUCUUGAUCAGGAAGUUGUUCUCUAAGCGACCAGCAAAUGUUGAAGGUAUGAGAACAGCGCUCUUUAAUGCUUGGGGUUUGGAAUCGGGCUUGGUGAUCAAGGAAGUUGCUGAAAAGGUGUAUCUCUUCAAUUCUGAGGAGGAGUCCGAUAGAGAUCGAGUGCUGGUGAGGAUUUAUGAGUUGCUUCCGAUCAUGAUGACGGAGAAGAUAGGUGCUGCGGUUGCUGGAAAGGCUGGCAAAGUGAUGGAAAUUGACCACCAGUGGGGUAAAUUCUUACGGGAGAAUGAUUGCCAGCUUGCGGUGGAUAUGAGGACGAAGCAAGGUUUUGUCACCAGGAGGUUUUCACCGAAUAUCAGGGCAAGAUCGCCUCGGCCAAAAUCGAACAGGUUUGAUGUUGCUGAAAGUAGUUUUAAAUCAGGAGGGUCUUCCUCCAGGAGGUCUAGUCCGUUAUCUGUGACUUCUGGUACGAGAGGUGCCAGAGGUGGCGGCGGCGGCUCGGCACAGUUAUCUUUUUCGGCAAUAAAUAGCAGAGGGCAUGUCCGGCGUCACGUAGAUAGUAUGUUACUCCGGGGAAGGCCGGUUGCUCGAGCAAUUUUCCCAGAGGAAACUUCUUGCAAAAUUCUAUCCCGAAAUCCAGGGGUGGUUCCACCAAACAUGGGAGGUGGUAAUUCGGUUAAUGGUGGACCGAGAGUUGUGGGGGGAUCAACAGGGGUAGUUGCGAGGAGUGAGGCGGAAGGAUCGUGGUUUGAGGAGGAGAUUCGGGAAUUGUAUGGUGAUUUGGGAUUACCGAAUUCUAUGGGAAUGGUUAAUCCAAAUGGAGAGGUUCAAGGAUCGGUUGGAGUUUUUAAAGGGAAAGGAAAACAAAUUCAGGCCGAGUUACAAGGAGAUAGUUCCACUGAUUCCUCGGCUCCAUUAAUUAAUGGAGUUACACGUGGUCAACAACAAACUCUGCAUUAUGGAGUUUUAGGUGGGCAACCAUUUGGGGAAUCUGUUUCAACCCCUUCAAUUCCGGGAUUGAGUGGGAGAGGAGUGAUUAAUGGGCAUGUUGAAGGUGCAAUAAGAUCCGAUUUACGUGGGUGUGAUCCAGGGACUUUGAGGGCCAGUUUGGGACCGGAUUUGAUGGGUUUAUUAAGCAAUUUGGUGGCGGGAUUGAACCAAAAAUCGAGCACAAAUGGCCAAGGCGAAUCUUCGAGGCCAAAGCAGACAAGGAGGUGGAAGAAGCAUGCUCGUGUGUCAGAUAGAUACACCUUUGAUGCCAUGACCCGUCAUAUAGUUUCAAAAGUGGGAAAUAAGCGUCUGCCAGGCUUUACUAUUUGUGAUGUAGAUCACGGCACUGCGGCAAAGAGAUCGAGGGAGGAAGAGCCAGGUCUGGAUGAUCAUGGUGCUGCAGCAAACAAUCCAAGGAGGCAGGACAAUGAUCCAGGGGUUGAUCCACAGGUACCAGCUGGAGCGGAUAAUGAUGAUGUUGGGGAGGCAAGGACGACCUUAGAUCGUAGAGCUGGGGGUCUUGCAUUGCUUUGGCAAGAUCCGUCUUUGAUUAAUAUUGUUUCGUUUUCUUCAUCUCAUAUUGAUGCUAAUAACAAUCUACAUUACCAUGGAUGUGUGUGGGUGACUUAUGAAAUACUCACCAAUGAUGAGAAGAUUGGAGGACCACCGCGGUCUCAGCGGCAAAUGGAGAUGUUUCGGGCUACGGUUGAAUUUUGUGAAUUUAGAGAUCUGCCUAUAAAGGGUCCUUUGAUGACUUGGUCAAGGCGUAUGCAAGGAGAUGUCGUUUUUGAGAGACUCGAUAAAUGUUUUGUAAUGGAGGAAUGGUUGAAUUUGUUUCAGUUUUCGUUUGUUCAUGUACUUAUGUCCUCGGAGUUUGACCAUUUGCCUCUUCAUAUCGAAGUUUUGGAUAAGCCUUGGGUCGGGAUACAUUACAACCAUAGAUUUCGUUUUGAGCGCAUGUGGUUAACUCAUGAUGGAGUCCAAACAGUCAUUAAUGACAGUUGGAAUGUUCGGCAGGAGAUGUCUAUACAACAAGGCAUUGCUAGUUGUGCCCAAUCUUUGCAGCAUUGGGACAAGACAGUGUUUGGUAAUGUGCGUUAUUCGAUCAGGAAAAAGAAAAGGGAUCUGGAAAGAUACUAUAAGGAAGCACAAAAGGAUGGUUUAUCUGGGAAUUUAAAUGAUUGUUUGAAUGAUCUUUAUGAACUUUAUGAUCGAGAGGAAUCAAUGUGGCGGCAGAGAUCAAAGUUGGUUCGUGAGUUUACAAUGGAGGAGAUUCGAGUAGCUGCUUUUGACAUGGGAGCGGAUAAAUCACCCGGACCAGAUGGUAUGCCUCCAUUAUUCUAUCAGAAGUACUGGCAUGUUGUCGGGGCAAAGGUAAGUGAGAUGGCAUUGGCAUUUUUGAAUUCAGGAGUCUCUUUGCCCGAUGUUAAUCAGACAGUUGUGAUUGUGUCAAAAACUCUGGCUAACCGACUUCGUGAAGUGUUGCCGUUCAUUAUCGGUCCUAACCAAAGUGCAUUUGUGCUGGGGAAAAUGAUCUUCGAUAGUUCAAUCAUUGCUUUCGAAUCAAUUCAUUAUAUGAAGAAUAAAAGGAGUGGUGGAGAGAAGCAUAUGGUGCUUAAGUUAGAUCUAAGUAAAGCAUAUGAUCGAGUUGAAUGGGUUUUUCUUGAACGGAUUAUGGCUCGAUUAGGAUUUUCUAAUCGAUGGGUUUUUGUUUUUCUGGUUAUGGAGUGUGUAAGAACUGUUAUGUAUUCCAUUCUUGUUAAUGACGAUAGUCUUCUCUUUUUACGUGCGAGUUUGGAGGAGUGUGAUGUGGUGCUGGAUUUAUUGCGCCAAUUUGAGUUAGCAUCUGGGCAGCAGGUAAAUAUAGAUAAGUCAGCGGUGAUGUUCAGUGGUAACACGCCAGUUGAUUUACGAGAGAUUAUUAUGCGUCAUUUGAGGAUUCAAAAAGUAUUAGAUCAAGACCGAUACUUGGGUUUACCAAUUAUGAUUGGAAGAUCCAAAAGAGUGGAGUUACAUCUUAUAAAGGAUAGAUUAUGGAAGCGGCUUCGGAGCUGGAGUGGCAAGCUGUUGUCUAUUGCGGAAAGAAGAUUUAUUGGAAGGCUUGAGAUUCUUUAUGCACUUCAAAGUUGGAUGGAGGUUUGGGAUUCCGGGAUUUUGAAUCUUUCAAUAUGGCUUUACUUGCGAAGUAGUAUUGGCGUCUUAUUCAGGAUGGUAAUUCGCUUUGUUGUCAGGUGGAGGAUUGGAAAUGGCCAAACUGUGGAUAUUUGGAGGGAUAGAUGGUUGGCAAAGCCGCCGUCUUACCAACCAGCGCCUCGUCCUGGGACAGUUUUGCAGAAUAAUCUUGUCUCAUCCCUAUUUAAUAAUGAUGGGUAUUGGGAUGACGAUUUAUUAUCUAAGUUGUUUGAGGAUGAGGAUGUGUAUAGAAUUUUAUGUAUACCAUUGCAUUUGUCUUCUGCGGAUAGGUUGAUUUGGAACCAUUCGGUAGAUGGUCAUUAUACGAUCCGGAGUGGUUACCAUGUUGCGCGAAGGAUUUUAGGUAAAGAGGUUGCAGAGGUGGGAGCAAGGUCAGUAAUGUGGCGGUUAAUCUGGGGUGCCAAUGUGGUUCCAAAAGUGAAGUUUUUUAUGUGGCGUCUUAUUCAUGGUAUUUUGCCGACCAAAUCGCAAUUGCAGUCACGAGGAAUACCAAUCGACCAGAGUUGCCUUGUUUGUGGAGGGGUGGAAUAUAAUCUCUACCAUGUAUUUUUUGACUGUGUCUUUAGUAAGACAGUAUGGGAUAUUAUUAGUCCAUGGCUUCCUGUGUCUAUUGUUAAUUGGGUGGAUAGGGAGGACUUUUGGGAUUGUUUGUUGUCUAAAGCAAGUCAGCUGGGAUCUUUGGAUGUUGUGUGUAUGGUUUUGUGGAUGAUUUGGUCAAAUCGGAAUAAAGCAUUGUAUGAGCAAGUAUGUAAGCUUCCUCAGUCGCUUUGUUUAGCGGUAAACAGGUUUAUGUUCGACUUUGAUGCGUCUAAUAGGCGAGCAAUUGGGAGGCCAAUUCAAGAGCAGCGGGUAUGGCAGCCACCAGCUACGGGACUAGUCAAGAUUAAUGCGGAUGCAACAUUUUACCAAGCGGAUGGUGUAGCGGUAUUAGGUGCAGUGAUUCGAGACCAUACAGGACGAGUUCUGCUAUCUGAGGCCCUUUGUGAGGGCAAGAGAAAAAUGGCGCAUGCUACUAGAGGAAAGAAACUUGUUGCUGAGAUCAAAAGAUCUGCUAAAACUGGAAAUGAGGCAAUAACUAAAACUCUUGCCCAGCAGCUAGUCAGGCUUAGGCAGCAGAUAGCCAAGUUACAAAGUAGUCGAGCUCAAAUGAGAGGCAUUGAAUCUCAUACACAGGCAAUGCAUGCUCAAUCUUAUGUUGAUGUUGGCAUUAAAGGUGCCACUAAGGCAAUGUCAGCUAUGAAUAAGCAAAUGGCCUCUGCAAAACAAGCAAAGGUUAGAAAGGAAAUUCAAAAGCAGUUGGCUCAGAUGGAUAUGACCACUGAAAUGAUGUCGGAUGCCAUAAAUGGUGCCUUGGAUGAUGACAAAGCUAAAGACGAAACUGAGGAUCUAACAAAUCAGGUUCUAGAUCAAAUGGUGUCGAUGUUGCCUCACAGUUGUCAUCAGCUCAUAAAGGUAGGAUUGCUGGAAAGAAUGCUGAAGGUGUUGGUAGGUACGCUUUUCUUCUCCCCUAUUGUUCUCUAUUGGGAAACUUUUACUGUUGAAUGGAACCAAUGUAUACGAGAGGGGUAG